CAUUUUUUUACGCUGGCGUCUCUAUCGAAUAACCGAGCACGAGUUCUUCCCCCUAGUGAAAAUAACUGGAAGGGGAAGGCAUGCGCUUCGUUCGUGCGAAUCUGUCGCGCACGAGUUAUUCAUUCGCACGGUCGCAGAACUCCGAAAGGUACAAUCGGAGAUUUUCAGCGAAAAUCAUAAUUCAAAGCAAGACUUCUCCCAUCCGCUAGGAUCCCAAAUCUCCGAUUCCUACGCUUGAAUUUAAGCAGUCAUCGGAGCUUCCGUAGUGGUUAUUGUUGGAUGCCUGAUGGGAAGCCUCAUGGAUCACAUCAAUUGAUUUCUGCGCUUGUCCGUUCUAAGUUACAAUUUGGCUUCAUACUACGGGCGCCACGCGUCGUUGGUACAUUGAUCAUACUAGAGAUGUUGGAAACCGGGAUAAGACACGGUAUACUGGUCAAGCUUCAGUUGAUUUGGUAG